AUGGGCUUUUUUUUCCGCUGUGGCGCCCUGGCAAGCUGAGUGGUUGGUUGGUCGAUGAAAAUCUCAGAUUCGGCCUGGGAAUUUGUGUUUGGAUUUUGCAGCUGCUCCCCUGAUCCGGUUCAGAUAGGCUCUUCCUUGACAGGCUCACCAUGUCUGCCUUCGUGGGAAAAUACGCAGAUGAGCUGAUCAAGACGGCCAAGUACAUCGCGACGCCGGGGAAGGGCAUCCUCGCCGCCGACGAGUCGACGGGCACCAUCGGCAAGCGGCUGGCCAGCAUCAACGUGGAGAACGUGGAGCCCAACCGCCAGGCGCUCCGGGAGCUCCUCUUCACGGCGCCCGGCGCGCUGCAGUACCUCUCCGGCGUCAUCCUCUUCGAGGAGACGCUGUACCAGAGCACGGCCAGCGGCACGCCGUUCGUGGACGUGCUCAAGGCCGGCGGCGUCGUCCCCGGGAUCAAGGUGGACAAGGGCACCGUGGAGAUCGCCGGCACCAACGGCGAGACCACCACCCAGGGCCUCGACUCCCUGGGCGCCCGCUGCGCCAAGUACUACGAGGCCGGCGCCCGCUUCGCCAAGUGGCGCGCCGUGCUCAAGAUCGGCGCCGCCGGCGAGCCGUCCGAGCUCGCCGUCAAGCAGAACGCCGAGGGCCUCGCCCGGUACGCGCUCAUCUGCCAGGAGAACGGCCUCGUCCCCAUCGUCGAGCCCGAGAUCCUUACCGACGGCGGCCACGACAUCAAGACCUGCGCCGCCGUCACCGAGCGCGUCCUCGCCGCCGUCUACAAGUCUCUCAACGACCACAAGGUCCUCCUCGAGGGCACCCUCCUCAAGCCCAACAUGGUCACCCCCGGCUCCGACAGCCCCAAGGUUGGGGCGGAGGUGAUAGGGGAGUACACCGUGGCGGCGCUGCGGCGCACGGUGCCGCCGGCGGUGCCCGGGAUAGUGUUCCUCUCCGGCGGGCAGAGCGAGGAGGAGGCGUCGCAGAACCUGAACGCCAUGAACAAGCUGGCGGUGCUCAAGCCAUGGACGCUCACCUUCUCCUUCGGCCGCGCGCUGCAGCAGAGCACCAUCAAGAAGUGGGCUGGCAAGAAGGAGAACGUCGCCACCGCGCAGGCCGCCUUCCUCGCCCGGUGCAAGGCCAACUCCGAGGCCACGCUCGGCAAGUACGGCGGCGCCGCCGGCGACGCCGCCACGUCCGAGAGCCUGUACGUCAAGGGCUACACCUACUAGAUCAUCCGUCGAUCACCGGUGGCGCCUCACUGCGGCUGUGCCCAUGACACUAGUAGGGUCUCCGUCCAAUCCGCGCUGUCCGCGUGGGCGGCGUGGAUUGCUCGGAGAUUCGUGCGGAUAUACAUGUUGUUCCUUUGUGCUGUAUACUCAAAUUCUCUGCUCCCCCUCCCCCCUAGCUCUUAUGUUUUUAACAAACAAAAAAUGUGUCUAAAAUUGUGUUGAUCUCUUUGCAAUUAUUUUGCAAUGCACACUAAUAUUAGUACUGCUGAUAA